GCCGUCAUAACUACUGAGAACCAGUCCCCACCUUCAAAAAAAAAUUGGGCUAGUGGAGCACUCCUGAAUGCUGUCAUGCAACUCCAAGACACAGCACCAAUGCACACUUGCAUUCACAGAAUAUUAUGUGCAACCCACUGAAGUUGAUGGAAAAUGCAAGCACUUGCCUCAGUCUGUUCAGGUUACACUUUAUUUUAAUUCUCUGGAUCUCAACAAUGCACAUGUGUUGGUGUUACCCCAUUGUCCCUUCUUCGCUGUAUGGGAAAUCUGAUUACUGCCUCAUCCUCCUGAAUAGCUGCUUAGCUAAGGUGGACAGGAGUGAAGAAUUGGCUUUUCUAAAGCCUUACCUGGAGAUGUCUUUCAAUAAAAGGUCCUUUCGCAAUGGAGUUGGAUCAGGACUUAAAAAAACUUCCUUUCGACGAGCAAAGUCAUAA